AUUGGUGAUGCGUCUGUCCGCGGUACAUUAUCGAAUUCUCCCGCGUACAACGCCAUAACUCUUAGAUUUCACACAAAAAGGCCUAAAUAUAGUUUUGUAAAAGUGUUUUUUAAUGAAUAAACUGAUUAAAAAAUAUGUUCUCCCUGAUAAGAUUAUGAACAUAUCAAUUGUUGUUCAACUCCAGUGAUAGAUUGACGAAUUUAUGUUUAGAAAAGAAAGAAAAAAUAUAUUAUAUUGAAUCGAGCUCCAUGUGUUUUUUGGUUUUAGUGUUUUUUUAAUUUGAAUUACUUCGGUGUUUGGAUUUUAACGUUUUCAAGAACCAAAAACAUGUCUACGUGCCGACCUUCGAAUCGAGUCUCGAACUAAAACGCCUCCCCAAGAUGUCCACACACACACGAAGAAGGCUGCACCGGUGACUAACUCAACCCGACAUGGCGCUGCUGACCAACUCCUCGACCACCGGUCCCACGGCCAGCGGGCCGACCGCCCCGCAGGCCCACCACUCCACGACGCCCCUACACCACUACUUCCACUACUUGAAGCAACCGUCGCCGUUGGCGCAGAACCCGUAUGCUCAUCAUUCGAGCGCUCACCACAUGGGCAUGGGGCCCGGGCCGCUCGGUGGCUUGGGGCCGUUUGGGCUGACCCCGCACGGAUUGGAAGCCGUAGGAUUUCCUCAAGGAGUGAACCCCAGGAAACAGCGCAGAGAAAGGACUACCUUCACGAGAGCUCAGCUGGACGUACUCGAAGCAUUGUUCGGGAAGACGCGAUACCCUGACAUCUUCAUGAGGGAGGAGGUCGCGCUGAAGAUAAACCUUCCAGAAUCUAGAGUGCAGGUCUGGUUCAAAAACCGGAGAGCGAAAUGCAGACAACAGUUACAACAGCAAACUAACUCUCAGAUAACGAGUAAGUCGUCGUCCAGUGCGAAAACCAGCGUAUCGUCGAGCAACGCCAUCAAAGGAAACUCGACGUCCGCCUCAAAAGCGACCACCUCCAAAACCAUGACGAGCUCCUCCACGAGCUUGACGACGAGCCAAAACUCCUCGAUCACGACUUCCUCCCCGAAUCUACCGAUAACGCCCACGACUUCAGUAAGUCCCCCGAUUAACGUGAUCUGUAAGAAGGAAGCGGCCGGAUCUAGUUACGAGACUUCCCCAUUGACCAAGAACAGCUUGACCUCGUUGUCUCACUACGACUCAAGGGUGAGCGGGAAGGAGAGCUCAGACAUCCACGGCUACGGAGUGACGCCCAAACAAGAGCUGUACAGUAGCCCGAAAAGGCUAGAGUAUUCCAGCAAAUUGGAUUACACUGAGAAAUCCUUCGGCAGUAACCUUGUUAAGGACCAAUACAGCUCCCGUUUAACCGGUAACCUGACGCCGCUGGGCUCCAACUCUUCGAUCAUGACGACCCCGUCACCCCCUAUCACCCCCCAGAGCAUUAAUGGCCCGGGGAACGUUUACCACCCGGAUAACUACAACAGCUUCCACUGGCCCGGCAGCUCGGACUACAUUAGGAGCUACUCAACUUCACAUCAUCACCAAGGAUACGGGCAGAGUGCUUACAAUUCGCCUUAUUAUCCAAGUCAGAUGGAAUACUUCAACGGUACGUCCGUGAACCAGACCCACGGAGGACACCACGGCCACAACUUAAGCACCAAUAGCAAUCAGCUCUACAACCAAGUGUCGUUCGGGAACCCCUCGCCUCCGACCGGCUGGUCGUCCCACAACAUUCUAGCUUCAGGUCCCGAGUCCCCGGAGAACCAGCAGAAUCCUCAUCUGAGCAUGCUCCAAGCAACGCAGAUAACAAACUUCUCCAACACGGGAAACAGCUACUUCGCGCCCGAGAAAUACGGAAUAAAUAUGGUCUAAUGCGAUUUCUAGUCUUUUAUUGUAAAUAAAUAUAUUAUGCCUUUGUCGUUUACAGGGAAUUUUUUUGUUUGUGGUCUUGCAACAUUGACGAAAAUGAGCGGUUUAUUUAGGCUAUAAGGUCUUGUAACCAUUGGUCGUAAAUAAACUUUAAAAAAAAAUGAGCGGUUUAUUUUUUUCGUUCCCGCUAAAAAAAAACAUCACGAUUUUCGCGGCGGCGUUUUUUAAAAUCGAUAUACGAAAAUCGAUUUCACUGUACGUUCAAAUUUAGCGUUCGAGUACUUUAUUUAUUAUAUUUAUUUUGGUCCUUCGUAACACACACAACGCUAAAUUUGAAGAACAGUGAAAACUUGAAGCGUAUGUAUAUCAGUUACGAAACAAAGAGAUUCCCUAUAAGCGACAAAAUGUUUUACGAUGCUUUUUCUAACAACACCCAAACGAAAUCACAAUUGAUAUUGCGAUGAUCGCGCAUCCAAAAGUCAUAUAAACCAACGCCCGAAAAACAAUCAAGGAGGAUAAUUAAAAAAAAAAAUUAAGAAAAAAAAAAAUCGGAAGUGAAAAAACCUCCGUAACGAAUUGUUCUAAAUUCAAAAUAACGAAAUUUCAUCGAAUAUUUUUACUUUUUUUUUUAAUAUUUCGUUUUUUUUUUUUAAAUCGACAAGGCCUAAUGUUUUAUUGAACGAGUUUUUUUGCCAUAAUUAUAUUUUAAAUAUAACUAUAUAUAUAUAUAGUGAUAAAAAUGUAAUAUAAAAAUACAUAUAUAUUUAAUUUGCUUUUUUUCGAAUGCCUGUGUAAUAUACCUUGGGAGUCAUAUCAAGUUAAGUAUAAACGUUUAAGGUAUUUUUAGUGAAGAAUUCGAUUGAAAAAUUAAAGAAAAAGGCAACGCGUUAUUAAAUGUAUUUUGUAAAUAAAUAUUAAUGAACAUUUGAAGACUUUUCAUUUUGUAUAUGUGUGCGCUCAGAUUGUAUAUGUGAAUAAUAAUAGUUUGUAAGGAGACGAAAAGUAUCUUUCUAAUUAUGUAUUUUCUUUUGGGCCUUUCAAAUAAUUUUUAUGUUUCAUAAAAAGAUUAUUGUAGCAAGGGUGUUUUUUUUUUACGUGGAGUGUAAUUUUAAUAAAAAUAAUCCUUAUAUUUUUGCCCCGCGGUAAACACGAAAAAUGUGUUUCAAAAAUAUUCUAAAGAUGUUUUUGUCUGUUUUAGUUUUUUUUUUUUUUUUUCAUAAAUCCUAGUAAUUUAAAAAGAGAAUUGUAAUGAAAUUGUAAUUUAUAUAUAGUUAAUUUUAAUAAUAGUUUAGAUAUUAAAUUACGUGUAAGGUUUCGAAGAGAUAGUUUUUUUUUUUUUUUUUUCGAAAAGUCAGUGUAUUAUUAUUAAUAUUAUUAUUUAAAUUUAAAGAAGGAAUAAAAACGUAAUUUUAAGUUGUAUUAAUUAAUUAAUAGCUAAUGAAAUAUUGAAUCCGAAUAUAUACAUAUAAAAUGC